AUCCAAAGUUACGGCCUUCAUUUGCUGAGAUUAUGGCUGCUUUGAAGCCACUGCAAAAGCCUAUAACCAGUUCACAAGUACCAAAACCACCGGUAAGCAGAGGUCAAGAAAAGGGUCGGUCAUAAAGAAACGUGGAUGAUCCACCAGCAUUACAGGUUUAGGACAGAAGGGAACACGGAAUUUUAUCUUUUGUUUGAAAUGAAGACAGGUCCGUAUUUGUUCAACCAGAAAUUGAAGGAAGACAUAAAAAGAUCUGUCAACAAACAUAUACUUCAUGUUGAGUCAAUUGUUGUGAUUCUUUUUCUUUUUUUAUUUUCUGGUAGUUGUCAUCCCACAGUCCUCAACAUUGUGCAUCUUAUCUCAUGUGUAUUCAUUUUUGUAAUCACUUUGUAAUUAACACAGAUUGAGAAUACUUUCCACAUUUUCACAUCAAAUACUUUGAGAUGCUUGAUUAUCCACUUGCAGCAGCAGAGGAACAAAUUUUUCUUUUUUUUUGAAUUUAAAGAUUACUAAAUCACACUGUUGAUUUAGUUUUUAGUUGCAAUAGCAUGCCUGGAGAAAACUGUGACAUGUAGAGAUAAGGUAGGGACCAUUUACUACUACUGUAUGCAGUUGAGUCACUACAAAUAUCUAUCUGCUACUUUCUGAUAUGCUCAUUUCAUAUCCAAAAACAUGGCCACUUUCUUUGGAUCCACACUCUCUGUGUCUCAUCCCAUUACACGAACCAACUUCUCUUCAUCCUCCCAAACCCCUCCUCCUUCUCAGCCACCAAAUCAACCUCAACAACCGCAAACUCCGCCACCAUCUCAGCCGUUAAGUGCGAAUUCUGCAGAGCUUCCAUCACCUGUUAAUGUGCCUAGUAAAUCUCCCCGACAAUCAACCACCGCAGAUUCCACUGAUUGGAUUGCUUCCUCCUUAACAAGGAGAUUUGGCCUUGGUGCUGGACUUGCUUGGGCUGGUUUUCUUGCUUUUGGUGUUGUUUCUGAGCAAAUCAAGACUCGCCUUGAAGUGUCUCAACAAGAAACAAAUACAAGGGUUGUUGACAAAGAAGAAGAAGUGGUAUUGCCCAAUGGGAUAAGGUAUUAUGAACUGAAAGUUGGUGGAGGCGCAACGCCACGACCAGGGGACUUGGUUGUGAUAGAUGUGAAGGGAAGCAUAGAGGGCAGUGGACAAGUUUUUGUGGAUACAUUUGGAGGUGAUGGCGAGAAGAAGAAGCCACUGGCAUUAGUAAUGGGAUCAAGGCCUUACAGUAAAGGCAUUUGUGAAGGUAUAGAAUAUGUUCUAAAAAGUAUGAAGGCAGGUGGAAAAAGAAGAGUGAUAAUUCCUCCAAAUUUGGGAUUUGGAGAAGAAGGUGCAGAUUUAGGAACAGGGUUGCAAAUUCCUCCUGCUGCUACUCUUGAGUAUGUUAUUGAGGUUGAAAAAGUUUCCAUUGCACCUGCUUGAGAUUAGGGUAUACAAAUUGGAAUAUCAGAACAAAACCAUAAUUAGUAUAACAUCCAAGUGUUUGUUAUUAAAGGAAAAUGCAGAAUAGCUAAUUUGUACUGUUCUUUAGUUGGGAAAAAAGAUGUGUGGAAGUAUGUGAUAUGGUUUUGAGGAUGAACCGGAUAUGGACAGUUUCGAUAAGAUUUCAUCCUUGAAAUAAAGUUCAUUUUUUGAUUUA